AUGCGUUUAGCUGCAGCACAGGAAAUAACUCCUAACAUAGAGGAACUAACCUUAAAGGCAUUUCGGAUAACACCACGCCUUGGGAUUGCCCAGAUUAACCUCCAUCACGCGGUAGCUGCAUCUGCAGUCAUCACAAGAAAGUUCACUUCGGAGGAUCUGGGCAUAGUCUUAGUCCAAGAGCCGUGGGUGUAUAAAGGUCAGGUGAAGGGCCUGACGGAGAAGUCUAUCAAGGUAAUCUGGGAUUUAUCAUGUGAUAACCCAAGAACCUGUGUUAUGUUAAAGAAGGAGACUAAUUACUUCUGCAUUUCAGAGUUUUUAACGAGAGAUCUGGUGGCAAUCCAACUAACGGUGAAUCUCAACGGACAGGCAAGAGAAGUAGUUUUUGCUUCGGCUUACUUCGCAGGGGAUGCCGCCAUACCACCGGAGGAAGUCAGAGGACUAGUAGAGUACAGCUAGAAGC